AUGGGGCCGUCUCGCUUUGACACCGUCCACCACGCCGAGCCGGACUCAUUCCGGCAGAUGCUUUCGGAGUUUGCUGCCGAUAAAUCCCCAAAGAAGAUCAGCCUUGCAGGCGGUAUGUUUUGGGAUGAGGAGGGCAAAAUUGCGAAAAUGGAUGUUGUGGAAAAGGCCACGAAACAACUUGGACCGCAUAUUUGGGAAAGGCACGGCUACUUGCCCACGCAAGGUCAUGCAUCUUUCAUCCGGCAAGCCCAGAAUCUGGUCUUUAGCGAGCAAUUGGUCCAGAGCUGUCUUUCGGGAAUAGGCCCUAGACUAACCUCAUUUCAAACGGUUGGAGGCACGGGGGCCAACCAUCUGGGCACACUUUUCCUCGCACGAAAUCUUCGGCCCCGGCGGGUCUGGAUCCCACAUCAGACGUGGGAGGGGCAUUCUAGAUUAUGGCAGCGAGCUAGCGACUUUGGCUCUCGGGGCCAGGAGGCUCUCGAGCUCCGGUUUUACCCGUAUCACGACGCAACGAAUAAUUGUCUUGACUUUCAAGGGAUGAUAGGCGUUCUAGAGCAGGAGUCGGAGCCGGAUGAUAUUCUUCUGCUCCACGCUUGCGCACAUAAUCCAACGGGGAUAGAUCCCUCCAGAGAACAAUGGGAAGCCAUAGCAAAUUUUUGUUCCGCCCGAAAUAUAUUUCCUUUUUUUGACAUGGCUUAUCAAGGCUUUGCAUCCGGGUCUUUCGAUGACGAUGCCUGGGCUAUUCGGCACUUUGUUCAUGGUGGCCACGAGCUCUGUGUCGCGCAAACCUUUUCCAAGUCUAUGUUUCUAUAUGGUGAGCGUCUCGGGGCUCUUCAUCUGGUUACAGGCUCCACGGACGCCGCAGCACGCGCGCAAAGUCAGCUAUCCCGUCUUCAAAGGGAUGGGAUCAGCUCCCCUCCAGCAUUUGGGGCGAAUGUCGCAUCCGAGAUUAUGUCGAACCCAGAGCUUCGCGGUGAAUGGCAAAGAGAGGUUGGGAUGAUUCACAAACGGGUGAUGACAAUAAGGAAGGCCCUGGUGGAAGAGCUCACCCGACUUGGGACUCCCGGAGAAUGGGACUACAUCGAAAAGCAGGUUGGCAUGUUCACCUGCACAAACUUGACCUUAGAGCAGAUAGACUUGUUGAAAACACGAUAUCACAUCUACGUAAGACAUUCAGGCCGCCUAUCCAUUGCAGCAUUGGCGAAUAGGGCGGCCGUAACGUAUGUGGCCACAGCUCUGGAUACAGUCGUCCGGGAAACAUCCAAAAGCCACCGAUGCAGAGUCACAAUACCAGGCCUAGGACCUCGGGACAUAUCACUCAAAACGUCGGCUGCGGAUGCACUUCCAUCCCAGUCAUAG